ACUAGUUGAAGUCCCCACGUGAUGUCUUCUCGCGUCAACCCCUUCACCCAAGCCUUCUCUUCCUAUUCUCAGUAAACUGGUUCAAACCCUAGGAUGCGCCGCUUGUGACACAUCACUUGCAAUUGCAGACUAUUUUCCUGAAUUAUCAACCAUGCCUACUAUCAGCGUGGGAAGGGAUCGACUGUUCGCAGCCCUCGGAAAAACUUACACGCAGGAAGAGUUCGAAGACCUUUGCUUCAGGUUCGGUAUCGAGCUCGACGACGUCACUACCGAGAAAGCGAUUAUUAGAAAGGAAAAGCAUUUAGAAGAGGAGGAUGCUGGCGAAGAUGAAGAAGUUAUCUACAAGAUUGAGAUCCCUGCCAAUAGAUAUGAUUUGCUUUGCUUGGAAGGAAUUGCUCAGGCUCUUCGAAUCUUCAAUGGCCAGCAGGAGAUGCCAAAAUAUAAUGUGGCUAAUAUUAGUAGAGAAUCAAUGAUUAAAAUGCACGUGAAACCAGAGACAGCUUCAAUUCGUCCCUAUGUUGUUUGUGCUGUUUUAAGAGGUAUAACAUUUGAUGAAGGAAGUUAUAACAGCUUUAUUGAUCUCCAAGAAAAGCUCCAUCAAAACAUUUGCCGCCGAAGAACCCUAGUUGCCAUUGGAACUCAUGACUUGGAUACAUUACAUGGCCCUUUCACAUAUGAGGCUUUGCCUCCUUCAAAUAUAAAUUUUGUGCCACUGAAGCAGGUGAAGAAUUUCAGAGCUGAUGAGCUGAUGGAGUUUUACAAAACAGAUUUGAAACUCAAGAAAUUUUUGCACAUAAUUGAGAGCUCACCAGUGUUCCCUGUUAUAUAUGACAGUAACAGAACUGUUUUAUCUUUGCCCCCAAUUAUCAAUGGUGCCCACUCAGCUAUCACUCUAAAGACGAAGAAUGUGUUCAUUGAAUGUACUGCCACUGAUUUGACAAAAGCCAAGAUUGUUUUGAACACAAUGGUGACAACCUUUGCAGAACAUUGUGAAAGGAAGUUUGAAAUUGAGCCAGUUGAAGUGAUAUACUCAGAUGGGAAGUCAUAUAUUUGUCCUGAUUUGUCUGUCUACAGCAUGGAAGUCUCUCUGUCCUAUAUUACUGGUGCAAUUGGAGUACCCUUGGAUGCUGACAAGGUCACUAGUUUGUUAAAUCGGAUGCAAUUGAGUGCUGUGCAGUCUGUAUCAGGUGAUAAUAGCUCUGAUAUUACUGUAUCUGUACCCCCAACUAGAAGUGAUGUUCUUCAUCCAUGUGAUGUUAUGGAGGAUGUUGCAAUUGCUUAUGGCUACAAUAAUAUUAAGGAUAUUGCGAUUGCUAAGGGUUACAAUAUUUCAAAGGGUAGGGCCGUGUCUUUGAGGCCACUGCCCCUGGAAGAGUUCAGUCAUCUUGUCAGAUUGGAGAUGGCAAUGUGUGGGUUUACCGAGGUCUUGUCAUUUAUUUUGUGCUCACACAAUGAUAAUUUUGCGAUGUUAAAUCAUGAAGAUGACGGUUCCACUGCAGUGAUUAUUGAAAAUCCUCGUUCUUCUGAAAAUGAGACUGCUCGUACCAGUCUUAUGUCUGGUCUAUUGAAAACUGUUGGACAGAACAAAGCCCAUCCAAAGCCCAUAAAGAUUUUUGAAGUUGGUGACGUAGUGCAGUUGGAUGAGACUAAAGAUGUAGGUGCAACAAAUCGUCGCCAACUUGCUGCACUAUAUUGUGGUGCUUCUGCUGGAUAUGAGAUAAUUCAUGGUCUGGUGGAAAGAAUCAUGCAAGUGAUUGGGCUUGUUCCACCUAAUGACAAUACAACCUACUAUCUAAAGCCUUCUAAUGAGCCUGAGUUUCUUCACGGUACACAAGCUAGCAUCAUUUAUAAAGGGAAGCAAAUUGGAACUUCUGGAAUAGUGCACCCUGAGGUCUUGAACAAGUGUGACAUCCCUGAUCCUUGCUCCUAUUUUGAACUCAACAUCCAGUGCUUUUUGUAGGAUUUAUUUUGUAACAGCAGAGGAACAUUGGCUUCACUUCGAUUACUCCGUUUAGUGGCUUAGUGCCAGAAAUUACCAUAUCAAGGGCUUCCAUUUGCAAAAUCCUCUGGUUCUCUCCAUUUUGAACCAUGUAUGAUGAUGGUGAUGGAAGAAUAUCAUUUCAGUUGCCCAGUAUUGGGGGGUGGGGGCUUUAUAUAAGGUGAUUUAAUAUAUUAUGUGUCCAUCUUCGGAACAUAAGAUUUGUAUUGUUGCCUAACUUUUAUGAUUGAUGGGGAAAAGAUUUUGUAUGCCACUUUACAUUCUACCGAAGCUUCUGUUUUGCA